AUGAUGGACAUCGUGGUGGUGCAGAGGGAGGAGAUGGAUGAAGAAGAGGAGGAGAGCAGCAGGGGGUGGGUGUACCAGUACGAUGCCGUGUCUACACGAGGGCACAGGCACCGGGUGGCAGUGCGAGUGCUGCACGGGCACGACACGGACGAGCUCAACCGGCUGGUGGUGGUCGACCGCCAGCUGUUCGGCUCCUCGUCGUGGAGCCUCAAGUGCUUCGCCCGCUACAUACGACGAAUGCACGGCGCCGGCUUCGUGGCAGAGAUAAAUGGCGAAGUGGCGGGGUUUGUGCUGCACAUCGCUACGAGCAAGAGGGGAGUAGCGGAGGUGGCCAACGUGGGCGUUCUCGAAGAGUUUCGCCAGAUGGGGAUCGCAUCCACGCUCCUACGGCUGGCGCUGGACGACCUCGCCUCGAGGGGCUACCACACGGUCAAGCUGCACGUGGCCUCCCAGAACGUGGCCGCGCAGAGUCUCUACUUGAAGAUGGGGUUCGUGCAGACCGGCUACAAGGAGGACUACUACUGGCAGGACCAGGACCGCGAUGCCGUGGUGAUGCGGCUUCAGCUCCUCCCUCUCCUUCCAGAAACCGAAGUCUCUUGCUGCUUCCUGUAG